AUGGCAUACAGCCUCGUGUCCAGAGCAGCAGCGCAGAGCCAGACCCAAGGCCAGGGCCUGCACUCGCUGAUGGUUGCGGCCGGCAAGCUCUACUUCGGCACAGCCACGGAAACCAACAACUUCAACGACGCCGCCUACCAGGCCAUCUCGACCAACAAGAAUGAGUUUGGCAUGUUCACGCCCGAGAACUCGCAGAAAUGGGAAGUGACAGAGCCAACACAAGGCCAAUUCGUCUUCACCCAAGCCGACCAGGUCGCGCAGAAGGCAGCGUCCAACGGUCAGCUUCUGCGCUGCCACACCCUGACCUGGCACUCCCAGCUCCCGUCAUUCGUCUCCUCGGGCACCUGGACUCCCGAGACCCUCUCGGCCGUCCUCGAAGCGCACAUCAAGAGCGUCAUGACGCACUACGCCGGCCAGUGCUAUGCCUGGGACGUCGUCAACGAAGCGCUCAACGACGACGGCACUUUCCGCGAGUCUGUCUUCUUCACGACCAUGGGCCCAGACUACAUCCCUAUAUCCUUCCGCGCCGCAGCGUCGGCCGACCCGUCCGCCAAGCUGUACUACAACGACUUCAACCUCGAGACCACCUCCUCCAAGGCUGACGGCGCCGUCAAGAUUGUUCAACUUCUCAAGGACGCAGGAGCCAAGAUCGACGGCGUCGGGUUCCAGGCGCAUCUGACGGUGGGGCAGACGCCUUCGCGCGAGGAGCUCGCCGCCACGCUGAGCCGGUUCGCGGCGCUGGGCGUCGAGGUGGCGUACACGGAGCUGGACCUUGCGCACGCGUCGCUGCCCGCGAGCGACGCCGACCGCGAGCAGCAGGCACGCGAUUACGUGGCUGUGGUCGGGUCUUGUCUGGACGUGGCGGCGUGCGUGGGCGUUACGGUGUGGCAGUUUACCGACAGAUACAGCUGGGUGCCCAACACGUUCCCCGGUAAGGGGGACGCGUGUCUGUACACGUCCGAGUACCACAAGAAGCCGGCUUAUGAAGCGGUGCUGGAGCUGUUGCAGGGGGCGGCCGCUGCGGCGGGAGGUUCUGGGUCUGGCGGUGGGAGCACUGGGGAAGGGGCCUCAUCGAACUCGACUCGGACCGAGUCGUCUGCGAGUAUCUCAGCGGCAACAGCAGCCCUGAGUGGCGCUUUUGGAGUCAUGGGUGGGCUGGCUUGUCUGGCUUUGCCCGUGGUGGCUGCUUUUUUGGUGUUUUAG